CUCGCGUCUCUUCUGCCAUCAAAUUAUCUACCGAAUAAUUAGCCGUACUCGUUUUGAGCACAUACACUUUAUCGACGGAGAUUGGUGGCAAUAAAUCGAUUAAACUGACAUAAUAUUGUCGUUAUCAAACAAAAAUCUUUUGGCGAUAGUAAUUUGAGAUUUUGUUGUUUAGAUUUGUUUUCUACUGUGAGUGUAUAUGUAGUGUAGUGUAUGAUGAUAAUGAUGGGCGAAGGCGAUAUGGGUUAUGGGGAUUAUUACAACUAUGACAGCUGGUCAGUGAUGCCGCCAGAGUACGGUGCCGAUCCCGGAUAUCAGUACCGCCAACCACAGAUGGAGGAGGACUACCGGUACAAUUCAUAUGCGCUCCUAGACAGCAUGAAGAUGCCAGGUCAACGCGCAGGCUUUCAAAUCUCGGACAUCCUGGGCUUGAACGAAGGCAAGCCGAUGGAGCCGGCGGGCGGUGCUGGCCCAAUGGGUCCGUGUUCUUUGGAGUUGCCACCGUAUCCGCAGCCGCCGUACCCGCCGGAGCUGCUGCGACAUCAUCAGCCCUGGCUCAUUGAACAUCACGAGGGUGCUGGUGUUUUGGGGCAGCAAGCUAGUCCAGACAGUACUUCAAGGGCUUCCGAGAUCUCAUACGUGGGCGUGUCCGCCUCUUCGCCACCCGUCGGCGACCCCCGACAUGAACACGAGCAUGAGGAUGGCGACCAGGACGUGCACGACAUCGAGCACGACGAUGAACAUGAUCUUGAACAACACCCUGCCAAUAACACAGACCCCAAUAUAGCUCACAAAAAACGUAAACGACGAGUGCUCUUUUCAAAGGCUCAGACCUACGAGCUAGAGAGGCGGUUCCGUCAGCAGCGUUAUCUCUCCGCCCCCGAAAGAGAACACCUCGCCAGUUUGAUAAGGCUGACUCCAACGCAGGUAAAGAUUUGGUUCCAAAAUCACAGGUACAAGACGAAACGCGCUGUCCAGGAAAAAGGAGCGCAUGACUUGAACAUUGGCGGUCUGAAUUCUCCUAGGCGAGUUGCCGUGCCUGUGCUAGUGAAGGAUGGCAGACCAUGCAUUAGUAAGCCUGAUGGCCUUCCCCCUAUGGGGAUGGGUUUGCCGCCGUACCAACCGAUGCAUUCCCAGCACCCCGUCAGCAGUCACGGACCACAACCAACUGGCUGCUGGUGGUGAAAUUAAGCACACUAAGUCAAGUCAUACAUUCUGUGGUUUACUAGUCGAUAUGUCGCAGCUUAUUUGCAAGACCAUCAACAGGCAAAUGUCUGAUAACGCUACGCCGUGUUUAUUUUGUUCGACUACUUUAUAACCUUGCUAAUACGUUGCGACAAUAAAUUAUUGUGAGGAUGGAUACGUCCCAUAGUUAAAAAUUUAAGUUGGAAAUUGUUGUCCAGAAUAAAAAUUUACUCGAAUAAUAAAUGAUAAACGUAUUUGCUGCCAUUGAACAUUUUAAGGUAUCUGGAGUUCCUACUUUCGUGUAUAAAUAAUUAUUACGUAUUCUGAUCGGUGCCAACCGAUCAUGUGUUACGUACUUUGUAGGGGUAGUAAUUGUAGCCUCAGGCGUUGAAUUGUAGUCAUAAAGUACAUUCCAUCGUAAAGGAAGUCUGUAUAUUAAUGUAAAAUUUGACGAGUAUUAGUUAAUUAAUAUUAUGAGAAUUGACCAGAUUUUAUCAAAUGCAAUAU